UACUACUGCGUUCGAAAUAUAUAUCCGUUGAUGUCGCAAUCUUUUAAACGAAUAAGUUAUGAUCCAAUAAUAUAAAUGAUACGACGAAAUUUUCUACACAUUAUAUAUAUUUAUACAUGUCCCUUAAAUAUUCGAAUAAUGAUAUCUGAACAUUAUGCUUUACACUUACCUUUCUAAACUUCCUGGUGUGUGUGUUCUAUUCUGAGGUAGAUACAUACAUAUAUUGGAUUUUCGUACGUAAUAUAAAGGUUAACACGCGUUACCUGGUCAUUUGUCAAACGUGAUAUUCCAUUGAAUAUGUCAGCAUCUAAAGUCAUAUUUAUUUGAACAUUCAAUCACGUGUAAUCGAUCUGAUUUAUAUAUUUUAAAUUAAAAGUGUAUUUGCCGAAUAGGAGAAUAUUUUCCUGCAACAGAGACGUUUUAUUUUAGAAUGACGUGCCUAUUCCCAAAAAAAUUUCCGAGAAAAUGCAAUUUUUCGACAUUCCUAAUGCGAUUUCAACCCGUAGUUUAUGUACAAAAUCAUGGAUAUGCUCACGAUGUUCUGUUAGACAAGGAAGGACCAAUUGGUGCUUUACAAAAGAAAAUAGCCAGCGGUGAAUUAAUGAAGGACGUUCAUCAGAUGAAAGUUGCCGAAACUUUGCAAGGUAUUUACAAAGAAAUCAAUGGGUAUAGACCGGAAGAAUUUAGUCUGGUGGACAAAUGGCUUGGUAAGAAGAAGAAAGCACCUCCUAAAGGAUUGUACCUUUAUGGGGCUGUAGGUGGAGGUAAAACAAUGUUGAUGGAUCUUUUCUAUGAUUGUUGUCAGAUAGAAAAUAAGCAAAGAGUACAUUUUCAUUCUUUCAUGGCUAAUGUACAUAUUAAAGUACACGAGGUGAAGAAAACUUUUGUACGUGACGUUAGCAGUACAAAACUUCAACCAUUCGAUCCUAUACCACCGGUUGCUAAAAGCAUUACGGAAGAAGCAUGGCUACUCUGUUUCGAUGAAUUUCAGGUAACUGAUAUUGCAGAUGCAAUGAUAUUGAAAAGAUUGUUCACUGAGCUAUUCAACAAUGGUGUAAUUGUAAUUGCAACCAGUAAUAGAGCACCAGAUGAUUUGUAUAAGAAUGGAUUACAAAGAGGAAAUUUUCUUCCAUUUAUACAGAUAUUAAAAAAUUUUUGUAUCGUAAAUUCAUUAGAUUCGGGUAUAGAUUACAGAUUACAAACUGGACUCAGUGACGAAAAAAUUUAUUUUAUAAAGGGAAAAGACGCAGUAAACGAUGUAGACAAAAUCUUUAAAUAUUUAUGUUCGAAAGAAAAUGAUAUUGUAAGGUCCCGCACUUUUUCUAUAAGAGGACAUAACGUUACUUUUAACAAAACGUGUGGUCAAGUACUAGACUCAACUUUUGACGAGCUUUGUAAUAGGCCCAUUGGUGCCAGCGAUUAUAUAGAAUUGAGUCAAGUAUUUCAUACAGUUAUUAUACGAGAUGUACCACAACUAGACUUUCGACUUAAGUCCCAAACUAGAAGAUUUAUUACAUUAAUCGACACACUAUAUGACAAUAAGGUAAGAGUUGUUAUAUCAGCAACUGUACCCCAUACAAAACUCUUUGUACCAGAGGGUGAUAGUGAUUAUUCGGAUGACAAAAGAAUGCUUAUGGAUGAUUUAAAAAUAUCUCACGGUUCUGACGAUCAUAAAUCUAAUCUUUUUACUGGUGAAGAAGAACUUUUUGCUUUUGAUAGAACCGUAUCACGGUUAUCAGAAAUGCAAACUACGCAGUAUUGGGAGCAAUGGCAACAUCAUAGAUAAUAAUAACUCAAAUUAGCACAAAUUCCAAUAGUAUUAUUGAUUAGGACUUUAAUCCAAGUCACUAAAAUAUAAGUUUCUGAUAUAAUUUUUCAACAGAAUAUUGUCCUAAAAUGAAAAUUUUAUUAAAUCCACUUAUAGUUGUGAUACUUAAACUUUA